AUAAAAAGGCAAAAUGGAAACUUAAGAGCUAAUUCAGGAAAUAAAAAAACACUUCAUUUUUUGAUUCACUGAUCAUUACCUUUUCUUUUUCAUCCCUUCAAUAAUUAUGUCUUCACCAGUAUCCCUCAAAUUAAAAACCCAUUUUUUAAACGAUACAUGUUCAUGUAUGUAUUCGUGUCCUGUUCAGUCCGUAUUAUGUUAUUACACACCCCUCACAUGCGAGGCAUUAAUAAUUUUUCUUUUAACUUUCUUGAUGAGUUCCAAAGCUCUAUUAUCACCAUUUCUUUUUCAUGACAGGGAAGUUCUAGACAUAGACCAGACAUUCUUGUUUCAGCUAUUGGCAAUUUAUUUAUACAUAUAUAUACCUAGAUAUAUAGGGUUUAUUUCUAUUUCCUUUUUCACUAUGAUGAGAUGCUUAAAAACAUCAUUGGACAAAUAUUUGGAUUAUAUUUCAGAUUUUUUCAGUUUCUCCCUCAACCAGUUUGGUUUCUGAAUGUUGUUUUGUUUGUACUAAAAGUACACUAUAUAAUAUAGUCACAGGGACCACCUUCAUGUCUGGUUCUUUACAGGUAGUAAAAAAAUGUUUUUAAAAACUAGUCCUUCAACUUCACAAUUCUAUGAUUUGGAUUUAUUGGGCAUCUUGUUGUACACAUUUUGGUGAACUAUGUAAUAGUUAAAUACUUCCAUUGAUGGUUCAAUGAUCAAGUCCAGUGACAGAACAUGGUGAAGGUUGCAACUAUUGUUGGUGGAGCUGCAGGAACACUUGCUUUAAUGGCUGUAAUAAUGGGAUUCUUUUGGUUUUUCAAGUCAUGUAAGAGUUUUUCGAAUAGAGCUUCAGAGACCGGCUCGUCGGAUCCUUCGACAUUAACGGAGUGGAAUCGAGGAGUUGGACCGAGUUCAUCAGCCGGUCCGUCUUUAUAUGGACCACAAGGAGCAAAGGAGUUCAUGUUGGAAGAACUAGAGCAAGCUACCAAACAAUUUGCUGAGAGUAGUCUCAUUGGAUACGGAAGUUUCGGCUUGGUUUAUAAAGGUUUGCUUCGUGACGUUGUCGUUGCCAUCAAAAGACAUCCCGGUAUUCCCCGACCAGAAUUCGUUGCAGGGGUAAUGUAUUUGUCCGAGAUUCAACACCGAAACUUGGUUACUCUUUUAGGCUAUUGUCAAGAAGGUGGUUCCCAAAUGUUGGUAUAUGAAUAUUUACCCAAUGGUAGCAUGUGCAAUCACCUAUAUGGUAAUGGUUCAUUAAACAACAUAGAUUCAUUGCAUGACACCGUGGCAUUACCUUUUCGUGUUUUUGUUUCGGCAGAUACCGGACGAGAGGCUCCGACUCGUCUUGAGUUCAAGCAGAGGUUAUCGAUUGCUCUAGGGGCAGCUAGAGGUUUAUGCCAUUUACAUGGCCUGAAACCCCCUUUGAUACACAAGAAUUUCAAAACGGGUAACGUGUUGGUCGACGAGGACUUCAUAGCUAAAGUUGCAGAUGCGGGGGUAUCGAUGUUACUCGAAAAGAUAGAAGAAGCCAGUCCAUCUUACACAUCUAGUGUAAAUAUUUUCCGAGAUCCAGAGGUGGAAGUAUUAGGAAGUUUCACCGAAACUAGCGAUGUGUAUAGCUUCGGGGCGUUCCUUUUAGAGCUUAUAACCGGACAGGAUGAGGCAAUGCAUAUCAAUUACAUGGGAUCCAAUGAGAGCUUAAUUCAGUGGGUGCAAUCAAGGCUGAGUUGCAAUGACUUUGUGGACCAUAGACUAGUUGGAAGCUUCACCAUGGAUGGUAUUAAGGAUAUGAUCAAGUUGGCAUUGAAAUGCAUGAGUUUUCCCGGGGAAAGGCGGCCAGAUAUGAACACCGUUUCGAUCGAACUCGAACGGAUCCGUGAAAACGAGAUGGAAAUGACAACAGUAAAAAGUGAAGGUACUGCAAAAAUCGCUCUAGGUAGUGAGCUAUUUGCUUCAAAAUAAGGAUCAAUCCCAAUGUAGUUUUAUUAAAGCUUGGGGCCAAAGCUUAGGAUAAAAAAUGAAGUGUUUAUAAAGUAGGGGUAGUGAAGCUGCUAUCAUAAAUUAAUGGAAACGUGUAUAUUUAUUUUAUGGGAUUUUAUUGAUAAAUAUUAAUGUAUCAUACAGCUUAUUAACAGCCAGGCAGAUUAGAAGAUUUUCGGAGAGUGGCAUGUGUACUCUGUGUAUAAAAAAGUAUUAUGGAAACAUUUAUAUUAAAAA